AUGAAUGAUUUAAAAGAUACAAAGUCGGAAAUCUCAAUUACUAUUAAUAAAGCCACGGACAUUUACGUUCUAAAAAAAGAGGAUCUAAUAAAAUAUUGUAAAUUAAAAAAAUUAAAUUCAGCAGGUAGAUCAUCCGAUUUAAGAUCCAGACUUAGUAGGUACAUAAAAGGCAUUUUAAGCCCAGAUGACGUAGAAAAUACUCUAAACAACGAGGAACGUAUAGAAAUUAUAAAUAAAUCAAUAGCCGAAAAAAUUGAUCUUGGAACAUUAGAAAAAGAAGUAGGCCUACCCAAUUCAAGUCCUGAAACCUCUCAAAUAAACACAGAACUCACAAAUAAACUCCUCCACACAACCAUAGAUAGCUUAGAAUUAUUUGACAAUUUAAACAAUAGUGUUAACCUAUAUUCAAAUAAAGCUCAGGAUAUAUUAAAUUCAACCGAAAUAAAUUUUUCCGAAUCUGAAAAGAAAACUUAUAACUUAAUACAUUUAGAUACUACCAAUAAUCUUGAAAAUACUACAGUCCCAUUUGAAGGAAAUAAACCCGACGAAAAUAAUAAAAAAAAUAUUUUAAAUCAACCAUCAUAUACACGCAACACACAAAACAUGUUUAACCAAGGCUCAGGGAAUAAAUAUAUGGUAAUAAAACCAGAUAGCUUUUCCGGACAAGGGGAUAUUAAAUUAUUUUUUAAACAAUAUGAAAAAGCAGCAGAAGUAAAUAAUUGGGACAAUAAAGAAAAAAUAAAAUUCUUGUCAAUAUUUUUAAAAGACACAGCCAACACCUUUUUAGAAAAUUUAGAAAAUAUAAGAGAAGAUUGGACAUGGGAAGAUUUAAAAAACGAAUUUCUUAGUGAAUUUCAACCAAUAGGAUAUUCAAUACUUUUAAAAAAUAAACUAGAAAAUAGAAGACAGGAAAAUUCAGAAUCAACUAGGAGUUACAUCACUGAUAUAGAAAACUUGUGUAGACAGGAACCAAUUUUAAAUGCAAUUUCCCUACAUGACAAUAGCAAUUUAAAAAAUAUCAGAAAUAACUUAAGAAAAUUCGAAUUGAUGCAAUUUAGAAUAAAUUCUAGGGAUACAAAUCAAAACGAAUACACUAAAAUAUUAAGUGAACAAGUUCUACAAUUAAACAAAAAGACAAAUGAAAGAGAAUUUGAAGAAUUUAAAAUAGAACUAGAAAAUAGAGACAGAGAACAUAAAAAAGAGAUUAAAAAAUUAAGUGACGAAGUUAAACAAAUAAGUUUAUCUGGAAAAAUCCAAAAUAAAUCCGUAAACUUCGUAAACGAUAAUUUUGAUGAAAUGAAUAAUUAUAGCCGUUAUAACGGUAGAGGUAGUAGUUAUGAGAAAGAAAUGAAUUAUCAAGCACCCAGACGAAACUAUAGAGACAAAAGUCCAUACCCGGAAGAUUACAAUCGUAAAAAUAGAGAAUCUAAUAUGGACAGACAAUACGGUAGAGAUAGGUCACUAUCCAGAGAUAGGGAAUAUUACAACAGAAGACAAAGAGAACCCAGUCCAUAUAGAAAUAAUAAUAGAGAUUACAGAAAUAGGUCAAAUUCUAGAGACAGAGACAGCAGCCGAAAUAAUUAUUACAGCUCAAAACAUGAAUACAGUAGGGACAAUAGCCGCGAAAGAACACCAGAACGAUACAGAGACAAUUACGAAAAAGAAUCAAAAAAAGUAACAUGCUAUAAAUGCAAUGAAAAAGGUCAUUAUGCAGACAAAUGUACCUUAUCAAAAAACGAUUAA